AUGACUUGUGCCCGUACCGACUUCGGCUUGCUCACACUCUUGAGAUUGGUCUCCAGUUGGCCCGAUCUGCAGCAUUUAUACACAGCAGGUGAUACGUAUGGAUACCCCGACGAGAAAACGGUUGCAUCGAUCCCGCCACCGACGUGCAAGAUCGUCAGUGCAACCUUCGAGCGGUUCAUGAGUCGCUUUGCCCAAUCCUCCGUGCUCCUCGCUGGCUCGAGCGAGAGCUUCAAGGACCUCGAGAUGUAUGCGUUGAGCCACGGCGCUUUCCUCGGCUUUGUGAAGCCAGUGCUGGGCUCCAUUCGCUCCAUCAAGCUUGGCGGGAACACGGGCAUGACCCCAGACUGCAUCGCCGCGCUUGCCACACAGGCGCCGAAGCUUGAGACGCUCUCCCUCUGCGGCGAAUGCGACGAUGACGCCCUCAAGGCGCUCGCCGACGCGCUGAACGUUGAGGGUUCCUUCCCAGCCCUUCGGACGAUCGAAUAUCCGGCACCGCGCGAGAUGCAUAAGACCGGCCGUAGGCGCAACGUCCGCGAGCACGGGCACGAGGAUGCGUACGAGGACGAACUUCGUGCCGCUGCGGGCAAGAGGAGCAUUAGCUGCUGGGUGGGCCAUGCGUUGGAGUACAAGGUCGAGGGCGCGCAACGGAGGGCGGGUAUGGCGGCCAUGGGCCGGAAGUACGGCGGGUGGUGAUAACAGGCGAGAUCCUUCCGUAAAUGCGACGUCGCUUUCUCUACUGUGUAAUGUUUACUACUGGUCAUACUGUAGAACGGACUAGUCAUAUUGUACAAGGUACUACUACAUAGCCAUACUGUACAAGAACAUCAUGUUCACGUUUACUGUAUUCAUU